CCCAUGAGGGCCUACAUUUUAAAAAUAGUCCGAUUCAAAAAGGCUUCCCAGCACUUCAGGAGGUGCCCUCGUUAGCAUUAAAAACAGCAAGACGACUUGGUUUAAGGACAUUGAAAGUUGUUACUGAUAGCAAUUACUGUGUUCAGUGUGCCACUACAGGACAAUGA